GAGAGGAAUAUUUUUCAAAGGAAUACACUUAAGAAGAAAACAAUUGGUUUGGGAAGUUUCCAGAGGCUUUUUUGCGAAGGCCAAAGUUGCAGCAGGAAUCAACGGUUUCUCUCAAAAUGGCUUGCAGAGGGAGUUGAAGAACAAAACGGUCCUGUCAGUGAUCUGUUUUUGCUCGCAACAUGGAUGACUCGUCGGUGGCAGACUACAACCACACGCUACUGGACCCUGACUUGUACAUGGAGGACGCCAUUGAUGGAUUUGGGGUGACCAUGGCAAUCCUUUACCUUGUGGUUUGCAUCAUGGGACUUGCUGGAAACUCCCUUGUCAUAGUCGCUAUUUUGAAAUUGGACAAGAUGUCGUCGGCUACCACCGUGUACAUUUUUAAUCUGGCACUCGCCGACGGACUUUUCAUGGUAGGUCUGCCGUUCAUUGCGAGUCAGAACUUCCAAAACCACUGGGUGUUUGGCGACUUGGUGUGCAAGGUGGUGAUGGUGCUUGACGGCAUCAAUCAGUUCACCAGCAUCUUCUGUCUGACGAUGAUGAGUGUAGACCGCUAUAUGGCGCUGUCCGAUCCCCUGAGAUUCGCCAGAUGGAGAACACCACGCUGCGCCAAGAUAAUAUCAGCGUUGCUGUGGCUCUUCUCCCUCCUCACAAUUCUUCCCAUGGCGCUUCACUUCUCCACAGAGCGAGGGCUGUGUAUACCCGUGCUAGCUUCAGAUGCUUGGUGGCUCGGUGUGUUGUCUUACACCUUUGUCAUGGGUUUUGCGUUACCAUUCGUCGUCAUGACUGCAUUCUACACAACACUGCUGCUAACACUCAGAUCCCAGCGACUUCAGACUCCCACAGCUACCAACGGGAACCAUCGGUUAGAACGUCAAGUGACCAAAAUGGUUGUCGCUGUUGUGCUUGUGUUUGGGAUCUGCUGGCUGCCCUUCUAUACCUUCAACUUCUGCUCGCUUUAUCAAACUGAGCUGGCUGUGACCUUUGCAAGAGCAUUUGAAGUCAUGGUGCUCUUGUCGUAUUCAUGGAGCUGUGCUAACCCAAUCCUCUACACCUGCUUCUCCGACACCUUCAGGAGAUACUUCCGUUGCCUUUUAUGCUCCGCUGGAAAAUUAUCCCCAAAUAUGCAAUGCAACACUGAAGGGUAUGACCUGAAUGAUACCACUGUCCCCGAUGUCACCAUGCUGCCUUAG